CUAAGUCUGCGGAAUUUAAGCCGCAAGUCGAGUGGUCAGCGUCAACUUUUGAAAAUAAUGGAUUGAUAGUGAAAGCAACAAUAACAAUUGAAUAUAUUGUUACGUGUGAAAGGUUUUUAGUGUAAAGAUAAACUAAUAAUUCUUUCCCAUUUCAAUGGCUUUUUUCUUCAACGAUCAAAUCCAUACGAACUCGUUCACUCCAAGAGAACACCAAGUUGAAUUGCUUUACUCGGCUAAGGAAAGAAAUAUUAUAAUAUGUUUAGGAAAAAUCGCCGAGCAAACGUUUAUUACAAAUAAGUUGAUUCAAGAACUUGCCAUAAACAAUAGGAAAAGUUUGCAUGACAAUGGCAAACGGACAAUAUAUUUACUGGAAAAUGAACAGUCUUGCAAUGAGACUGCUUUUCACAUCGAACAACUUACCGACUUGAAAGUUUUGCUUUGUAGUGACGUAGAUGAUUUUAACAUAGAUCAAUUUAAUUUAAAUACUCAAGUAUUAGUUUUGACUGUGGAAAUAUGUUGCAAGUUGCUCAACACAAAGAAGAUUAUUCCAAGUCAAAUAAAUUUACUUAUUAUUGAUAAGUGCCAUAAUUUAGUCACGAAUAAUGAACUUAGGUUCAUUUUAGAGACUUUCAGAUCCUGUGAUAAUGAUAUAAAAAUUAUUGGUUUUGCUGUACCACUUUAUAGUUUAACCAAGGAACCAGGGCAAUUAAGUUUUGCAAUAGAAAGAAUCGAGUCUCUGUUGAGGUGUAAAAUUGAAACAGCUAGUGAUUUAUUAUCUAUUCUAAGGUAUAGUCCAAAGCCAAAGGAAUACAUGUUAGCUUAUAAAACUGAAUGUAGGAAAGAUAUAGAAAACUAUCUUCAGGAAUGUAGAAAUUUUUUACAGGAUCAUCGUUAUGAUCCUACCGAGAUUUAUAGCGAAGAAUUUUUAGAAGAAAUUAAAAAGAUUCCAGAUCCAAGGAAAAAGCCCCUGGAGUUGAUCCAAGAAUUUUUAUAUAUUCUAGAAACAUUGGGUUUAUGGGCAGCCGAUAGAGCAGCUUUAAUAUUGUUAAUGCUUAUAGAGAAGCUUAAAAUCAAAACUCCUUAUGAUAGGCAUUAUCUCUUAUUAGGCAUAAUAGCAACUUUGUUUUUAAAAAUUAGAGCUUACUGUGAUCACGCAUUUAAUGGCUUGUCAGAGACAGAAAAAAUCAAAAAAUUUUCUACUCCAAAAGUUCAUAGAAUGCUAGAAGUCCUCAGAACUUUUACUCCUCCUGCAAAAGAAGAAAACCUCAUAAAUAAUCAUGAAAAAACUAUUAUUAAGGAUCAAAAUAAUCAAGAAAAGCCAGCACAAAGUCCAAUCAAAAAAAUGGAACCAGGUUUCAAGAAACAAAGGCCUUUUCGCUUUCGUGGAUUAACAGAUCCAGACUUAAUGUGUGGUGUGAUUUUUGUCGACAAUACGAUCACUGCUAAAGUGUUAUUUUAUUUAUUAAACGAAUUAAGCAAAUGUGAAGAUGCAUAUCAUUUUUUAUCUCCUCUCUAUACAAGUGAGAAAACAAAUGAUGACAUCUUAGGUGGGCGGGACAUAGAGAUGGAGCACAGAAAGCAGGAGGAAGUGUUAAAGAAAUUUCGUAUUCACGAGUGCAAUUUGUUAAUUUCUACUUCAGUUUUAGAAGAAGGUAUCGACAUUCCUAAAUGCAACUUUGUGAUGCGGUUUGAUUUUCCUAAGAAUUAUCAGUCUUAUGUGCAAUGUAAGAGCAGAGCUCGUGCAACAGAUGCUUUGCAUAUUUUAUUGGUGCCAGAUGAUGAGCCACAAACAUAUGUGCAACAAUUGGCCCACUACCAUUACAUAGAAAAAAUUUUAUUAGCUAAGUGUUCCAAUAAGGAAAAUAAUGAGUUAGAGGAAUUAGAGGCUGAUGCUUUUUGCUCUCUUCUACCAGAGUACAAGCCUUUGGAUGAGGAUGAAUCUCCUAAAGUUACACUCAACAGUGCCAUAACUUUAAUAAACAGGUAUUGUGCAAAAUUGCCAAGCGAUACAUUUACAAAGCUCACACCUGAAUGGAAAAUCAAUCCUAUUAAAGUACAAGACAAUCAAAUGUACAUCUGUUCUCUUCGGCUUCCCAUAAACUCGCCUCUAAAGUAUUUGAUUUCCUCUUACCCCAUGCCAAAUAAAUCACUAGCAAAACGAAUAGCGGCAUUACAACUUUGCAUUCGUCUGCACAAGGAGAACGAAAUCGAUGAUUACUUAAUACCAGUAGGUAAGGAGAACUUCAAAGCCAAUCCAGAAGAUACAGAAGUGCCAGCACUACCAGGUGAUGAGAAGAUGGAUUUGUCAGACGCAAGGCCAGGUACCACAAAGCGAAGACAGUACUAUUACAAGAAGAUCGCUGGCGCUCUGACCGAUUGUAAACCUGAGUUCAGGAAACCGUGUUAUCUUUAUCAUAUUCACAUGAUGCUCAGUUGCCCAUUGCCAGAAGAGCAGAAUACUAGGGGAAGAAAGAUUUAUCCACCAGAGGAUUCGGCUAUUGGCUUUGGUAUUUUGACUUACAAAAAGAUACCGAAAGUCUGUCCUUUUCCAAUUUACACUAGGUCUGGCGAGGUGCGUGUGGAACUAAAGCUUAGUAAGGAAACUGUUGUACUGGACGAGACGCAGAAUGAUAAAGUCGUGUCGUUUCUCAAUUAUACUUUUACCAAUGUUUUAAGGUUGCAAAAGUAUUUGAUGCUGUUCGACCCAAAUGUCUCGGAGAAUUCCUAUAUGAUAGUGCCAGUCAAAAAGCUCGAUGGUUCUACGGACAUGUGUGUCGAUUGGGGCUUCCUUGAGUGUAUCUACGCAAAUCGUAAAAGUAUGCCAAAUCUAGUAUCCGAAGAAGAGCGACGUAAUUUCACUUUUGACGCCAAUAAAUAUCACGACGCUGUGAUUAUGCCCUGGUAUCGUAAUCAAGACCAACCUCAGUAUUUCUACGUCGCAGAAAUAUGCAAUCAUCUGAAUCCUAAAUCGAGUUUCCCGGGAGCUGAUUACAGUACUUUCGAGGAGUAUUAUUUAAAAAAAUAUUGUAUUCAAAUACAAAAUUUGGAGCAACCAUUGCUUGACGUUGAUCAUACGUCUGCAAGACUUAAUUUUUUGACACCAAGGUAUGUAAAUCGCAAAGGAGUAGCAUUACCAACGAGUAGCGAAGAAACAAAACGCGCAAAACGUGAAAAUCUCGAACAAAAGCAGAUCCUCGUUGCAGAACUUUGUGCUAUUCAUCCAUUCCCAGCUUCUCUCUGGCGACAGGCAGUAUGUCUACCGUGUAUACUCUAUAGGAUAAAUGCAUUAUUGUUGGCAGAUCAAAUUCGCCGACAAGUAGCUUCUGCGAUCAAUCUUGGUAUGGAAAAUUUAGCUGAAGAUUUUGAAUGGCCUCCUCUGGAUUUUGGUUGGAGUUUAGCGGAUGUUUUGAAGAAAUCGAAAGAGAAUGAGAAAGCUAAGGAGGCAGAAAAAAUGAAGGAAGAGGAAAAGACAAAAGAGAUGGAGAAGACUGUGAAUCGUGAAAUUGAUGACAGAACAGGCGACUGUGAUGAAAAAGAAGAUUUCGUGGAAAUGAAAGAAAAAAAGGACAAAAUCGAAAAAAUUGAUGAUAAUUUGGACGAAUUAGAAAUCGGGACGUGGUCGAAUGAGAUGUUAAAUACCGCACCGAUCAAUGGUGACAGCGUGUAUAAUUGGGGUAACGUACGUUACGGUUCACCAACAUACGACUCGGAGUUCGACGAUGAUGAUUCCGAUUGCAGCGAUGACUUCGAUGAUAGCAUGAGCGAUAGUUCUGAUGAAGGUCUGCUUAUCGAGUACACGGGUGACAAUGUAGCCGAAGCAAUUGACAAGAAAGGCUUAAUUGAGUUGGACAAGUUAAAUUGCAUUAAGAUGCAGGAAAAGUCAGCAAUCAUGCAGUGGAACUUAAAAGAUGACGAUAAGGACGCUUUAUACCACAAGCACGAACAAGCUCACAUGGAGAACGUAAAGCAGAAUGAAGAAAGAAUCGUGAAUGAAGGUGUGUUUAUCACAAGCGAUACUCCCGUUACAUUCAAACGAAAAGCUACAAAAGUGCAAAAUAUUCGCGAGAUUAGUAGAAAACACGAGGAAUACGUCAGCGUCAUUGCUGAAUGUUUUAUUCAUGAAGUCGUGAAUUCUCCACGUCAAACGUACAACAAACAAGUACCAGCGUUGCAUUUUUCCGCAUUGCAUUCGUAUACUGAUGGUACUUUCAGUUUCGACUAUCAGCCAGAACUGAAAGGUCACUCGGGUCCAAGUCCAAGUCUAAUUCUGCAAGCGCUUACAAUGUCGAACGCAAACGACGGUAUCAAUCUCGAGCGUCUGGAAACCAUCGGCGACUCUUUUCUCAAGUAUGCCAUCACGACUUACUUGUUCUGCUCGUACAAUAAUAUCCACGAGGGUAAACUUAGCCAUCUCCGCUCGAAACAAGUGAGCAAUCUCAAUCUCUAUCGUCUUGGUCGACAAAAAAUGCUCGGUGAAAGUAUGAUUGCCACUAAAUUCGAACCACACGAUAACUGGUUACCACCUUGUUACUACGUGCCAAAGGAGCUCGAACAAGUGCUUAUCGAGUCUGGAAUACCUGUAGGUAUGUGGAACAUCGCACCUUUCCGAGAAAUCGGUGACUUAGCUGAGAGACUGGAAAUAAUGAAAAGCGAGCUCGAUGCUGCUAUCAAUGAUCCUCUACGUUCAUUCAUCCCGUAUAAUCUGAUAACUCAGCACAGUAUUCCAGACAAAAGUAUUGCUGAUUGCGUAGAGGCACUGAUCGGCGCUUAUUUGAUUGCCUGUGGACCUCGAGGAGCUCUAUUAUUCAUGACAUGGUUAGGUAUCCGCGUAUUACCAACGGAGCAGGUAUCCGUAAUUCAAGAAGAAAUGCCCAAGGAAAGACCAACUGGUAGUACCAUAUACGUGGAAAGUAUUAACGAAGAUGGAAAGAAAAAAUGGACACAUGUCAGAUACAAAAAACUACCUAAUCCACCUAGUCCUUUGUUUUACAAUGUAUCAAAGCCGGAAAUCGAAUUGGAAAUCAUGCUCGACGGAUAUACUCAACUCGAGGAAUCCAUUGGCUAUCAUUUUCGAAAUCGUAGCUACUUGUUACAAGCUUUCACACAUGCAUCUUAUCAGCCUAAUAAGCUCACAGACUGUUAUCAGCGACUGGAAUUUUUAGGCGAUGCUGUACUAGACUAUUUAAUAACAAGGCACUUGUACGAAGACCCCAGGCAACAUUCGCCAGGAGCACUUACAGAUUUACGUUCAGCUUUGGUGAACAAUACGAUAUUUGCAUCGCUGGCUGUACGUUGCGGCUUUCACAAGUAUUUUCGUCAUUUGUCUCCAGGCCUAAAUACGGUUAUCGAUCGUUUUGUUCGUAUUCAAGAGGAAAAUGGCCAUUCGAUCAGCGAAGAGUUCUAUUUAAUCGACGAAUUGGACGAAGCCGAGGAAGCCGAAGACGUGGAAGUACCCAAAGCUUUAGGUGACGUUUUUGAAUCACUUGCUGGUGCAAUUUACCUCGAUAGUAAUAUGUCGUUAGAUGCCGUUUGGAAAGUUUAUUUCGAAAUCAUGAAAAGCGAGAUAGAACUAUUCAGCUCCAAUGUGCCGAAAUCGCCAAUUCGAGAAUUAUUAGAGCUAGAACCGGAAACAGCGAAAUUCGGCAAACCAGAAAAAUUGGCAGAUGGACGUAGAGUACGAGUUACUGUCGAUGUAUUUAACAAAGGAUUAUUCAAGGGAAUCGGCAGGAAUUAUAGGAUUGCUAAGUGUACUGCUGCCAAGUGUGCACUGAGAAAACUUAAGAAAAUGCAGCUUAACGUUAGAGGCAGAAAGUAAAAAUUCGACAAUAUUUGAUGAAAGUAUUAAUUAUAUAUGCUUUAAUGUAUAGUGAUUUUUAUGCGGAUUGUACACAAUUUUUAUAAUACAUUUCAAUACAUACAAUACGUAAUUAUGUAUGUAGUUAUC